AUGUUGAUAAUUGGUUUAACUGGUGGCAUAGCUUGCGGUAAAUCUACGGUUUCAAGUAGACUUAAAACACAUUAUAGAAUACCGGUGAUAGAUGCAGACGCAAUAGCAAGGAGGAUUUUGGAUCCUGGUCAAAAUGCAUAUAAGAGGGUCAUAAGAUACUUCUCUGGUAAAGUCUCUAAUCUUGUGCUUGCAGACGGCUCCAUCAAUAGAGCUGCAUUAGGAGCAUAUAUUUUUGCGAAUCCAGAAGAACGGAAAGUUUUGAAUGGUAUAACGCAUCCCGAGGUAAGGCAUGCAAUUUUGUUGAAAAUCCUCAUGAACUACCUCAAGUUCCAUGCGAUGUGUAUCUUGGAUGUUCCUCUUCUUUUUGAAGCGAACUUGGAUAUAAUAUGCGGGAUAACCGUCUGCGUAGUUUGCGACAGAGAUCUACAAUUGCAAAGACUCAUGGAGAGAAACCCUGAAUUGACUGAAGAGCUAGCCCUGGCACGAAUUGAAGCACAAAUGAGUAUGUAUGAUCGUAUUUCCAGAUCAGAUUAUCUUAUCGACAACAAUGGUGACAUUAAAGAGUUAUUCGGAAAUAUAGAUGGACUUUUGACAUAUAUAAAACCAUCUGCUAUAACAGUAUGGCUUGAGUAUUUCCCUCCCUAUGGCUUCGUCGCCGCUUUAUCCGUGAUAUUUUCUAGAUAUCUGAAGCAGCGCUGGCCAUCCAAAUUCACGAAUAGCAGCAAAAAAGCCGCUCUUAGGAAAGACAAACAACAAGAUGAUGAUGAUAAAUUCCCUCCAGCGGAUAGUGAUUUAAAAAAUGAGAAAGAGAAGACACCUGAAAUUAAGAAUAACGUAAAAAUUCUCUAUCACAGCGUUUAA